AUGAAGCCUCUGUCGGUGCGACUUUUCCUCCCCAAAAGUGCUACUGCUCACAGUCAAAAGCUUCUAUUCCUUAUCUAUAUCCACGGCGGCGAUUUUACUCUCAACUCUACGUUUUCUUUGCAAUACCACAACUAUGUCAAUACUCUGGCAGCUGAAGCUAAGGCUAUUACGGUGUCUAUUGAAUAUAGAUUGGCACCGGAACACGCUCUUCUGUGGACAAGGUCCGGAUCCAUGCUUAACGAUUAUGCAGAUUUUGAUAGGAUUUUCAUUGUUGGUGACAGUAUCGGAGCCAAUAUUGUGCAUCACAUGGCAAUCCAAACUGGCAUUAACGAUAUCAAAAUAUUGGGUAUAAUUUUGGUUCAUCCGUUCUUUGCGAAUGAUGAAGCAAGCUACUGGUGUGGCGACGGCCUCGGUGCUAAUCAUGAUAGUGGUGAGACUGUGGUGGUCAGGAUGUUGGUGAUGGUGAUGGCUGUGAUGGAGGAGACGAUGUUGCUGUCGGUGCAGGUGAUGGUUCUGGGGGCAAUGAUGGCGGUGAUAUUGUUGGAGGCAGUGGUUUUCAUAAAGGUUGGGGUGGUCACAGAUUAUUUGUUUGAUUAUGACCAUUGA